AACAGCCCUAACUUUUGUGUGUUGCAAAUAUAAAAGGAAAACCAUGUGACAGAGGGACAGAAGAACAAAAGCAUUUGGAAGUAACAGGACCUCUUUCUAGCUCUCAGAAAAGUCUGAGAAGAAACGAACCCUUCAUUUUCCCCAAGCUGUGCAGGAGUUGCCGUGAAGGAUUACAAGCAGCAAACCUUUUGCUUCCUCCCAGUGCCAAGGAACACGGCAUCCAAAGGACAAUGACAACCAAGAAGCCUCAGCCAGAUUUUGCAUUUUCCCUGAAAAGAACUAGGUCCUGAGAUUUGAAAGUGUUUUUUUCCCUUCUUCUUCUUUUAAUACUCUACCUCCCUCUGCUGUUAUUACCGGGAAUUUUUUUUUUUUAACAACAAUGAGAAAUCAUGUACUAGUAGCAUCGAUUUCAGUGCUCUCCCUGCUGGCAAUUAUGGGAGAUACAGACAGCAAAAUGGACAGUGCCUUCAUGUUGGAUUCGGACCCUGGGCGCUGCAUGAGACAUCAUUAUGUGGAUUCUAUCAGUCACCCUUUGUACAAAUGCAGCUCAAAGAUGGUGCUGUUGGCAAGGUGUGAGGGGCAUUGCAGCCAGCCCUCCCGUUCAGAGCCUCUUGUCUCCUUCAGCACCGUCCUGAAGCAGCCCUUCCGCUCUACCUGUCAUUGUUGCCGACCUCAGACCUCCAAACUGAAGGCCCUGAGGCUUCGUUGCUCUGGGGGCAUGAGACUCACAGCUACCUACCGGUACAUCCUUUCCUGCCACUGUGAAGAGUGCAGUUCCUAAGACUUGCCCAUUGGAGGCACUCUAAGACUGGCUGGCAUCGUGGCUGCCGCUGUGGGAUUCUUGAAUCCCCAAAGGACAGAUAGCUGCUCGACUCAGCAGGAUAAUUUCCCUCACUUGAGGCACCGGGGAUAGAAAGGGAAUAGAGAGAAGCAGGGAAGAAGUAACAUUUAUGAUGUGAUUGAUUCACGUUCUACUAAUAGACAUCAUGUGUUUGGUCAAGAGGAAAACACGGGGGAUCAGUUUCCUGGUUUGCUCCUCCCUUUCCUACUCUACCUCCCCUUGGACCAAGUUCUUUAAGUAGUUUUAAGAUUUAUCUUUUCCUCACUUUGCUCUGAAUGCUCUCCGCCCCUGAGCACUAGUGGGGAAAGAAGGCAGACAAAUGAUAAGUUGUCACUCAUCAGAAGAUCCCUUGGAAGAAAUGACAUUGGGCACAAGGAGUCCCAGAUUUGUCUAUGGAGUCCUUUUCUAUUGUUGACCUUUCAUCUCCAUGUUACAUUGUUCUUGAUUAUGAUUGCUGCUGCUGCUGCUGCUAAAAAUUGUCCUUUGUCUAUUCCAAACACCAAGAAUGUGGACAUGCUUGACCAAGUUUAGCUGGCAUUAAAAAUAAUUAACAAGAAAA